CAGAGGAAGGAACUAUCGCGAGGUUGGGGCGCUCACAUAGCGCUUAUCGGAGGCCGUCAGCGGAGGUUCUCCCGGGCCAGUGAUCGGGCUAGGCUUGGCAACCUCUGUAGUGCCCUUCCGCUAACUCUAUCCGGUUCUGCGUCUGCUUGCUGAAGAAGCUGGACAGGUGCUUGGAGUCUCUUCUAUAUGGGUCUCCGUUGACAGAGACUUUGAGUCCUUAAUUUCUACAGCUGACUGCUGCGAGGGUUAGAGACCGGAGUUGAGUCCUAGAACUAUUACAGAUUGCCACUACUUGAGUUAUUCUACUAAACCAAGAUAUUCCUUUAGAAAUGAGUUGCACAAUUGAGAAGGCGCUUGCUGAUGCUAAAGCCCUUGUUGAAAGAUUGAGAGAUCAUGAUGAUGCUGCAGAAUCUCUUAUUGAGCAAACCACUGCUCUCAACAAGCGAGUAGAAGCAAUGAAACAGUACCAGGAAGAAAUUCAAGAACUUAAUGAAGUUGCAAGACACCGACCACGGUCCACAUUAGUUAUGGGAAUCCAGCAAGAAAACAGACAAAUCAGAGAAUUACAACAGGAAAACAAAGAAUUGCGUACAUCCCUGGAAGAGCAUCAGUCUGCUUUGGAACUUAUAAUGAGCAAGUAUCGAGAACAAAUGUUCAGACUGCUAAUGGCAAGCAAAAAAGAUGAUCCAGGUAUAAUAAUGAAGCUAAAAGAGCAGCACUCCAAGAUUGACAUGGUACAUCGUAACAUCUCCGAAGGAUUCUUCCUUGAUGCAUCUCGACACAUCCUUGAAGCACCUCAACAUGGACUGGAGAGGAGGCACUUGGAAGCUAAUCAGAAUGAAUUACAAGCACAUGUUGACCAAAUAACUGAAAUGGCAGCAGUAAUGAGGAAAGCCAUUGAAAUUGAUGAACAGCAGGGUUGCAAGGAACAGGAACGAAUAUUUCAACUUGAACAAGAAAACAAAGGCUUGAGAGAGAUCCUUCAGAUAACUCGAGAAUCAUUUUUGAACCUUAGAAAAGAUGAUGUAUCGGAAAGUACGUCUUUGUCAGCAUUAGUGACCAAUAGUGACCUGAGUCUGAGGAAGAGCUGAAGAGCUUCUCUUAAAUGGCUCCAAACGGUCACUGGGACUGGCCUACUAAAUGAAUGGACUGAGUCACAGAACAAUCAAUCUCAGUCAACCCUUUUAUUUUACACACACACACACACACACACACACACACACACAAUUUACAGUACACUGGCAAUGACAUUUUUAAGAGAUAGCAACAAAAAAUGCAUAUAUAAUGGUCAUUGACUUUAUUCCAAAACAUAAUCGAAAGGGAGAAGUUCAGCUAUUUACAACUGAUGAACAGAUAAUGGGUUUUCACAGUGACUGCUGAGUGUAGAGAGCUUUCAUCAGUGCUCUUGGCUAGUUCUGGAUGAUAUUUGGGUAAACUUGAAUAUUUCCAGUAAGUGCUUGGGAAUUUAUAGAAUUAUUUCAUUUUAAAAAUAUAAAUUUAUGCCAUGGCUUUGUGAAUAGAUCCUCAUCCUAAGUUUUAGCCUUCCUGUUUGGUGUCAGAGUUAACAAAUGGCUUAUGUACUGUAAGACUUCAGCUUUAGUGAUUGCCUGUCCACCUUCCCGUUAAUUUAAAUUUUUGUCAAAGAAAAUUGCUUUAAAGGCUUUAAGAAUGUUUUAUACUCACCAUAAACAAGUGAUUUAAUUUUAGCUAAUUUACCCGAAUUGAUACUUAGCUAACAAUUUUCCUUAACUUAGUUUAGUGUAUGAAAUAUUUCAGGAAUGAAAGAGGAGGAAUACUACUUUCUAAGAAAGAAGAUCUUUUAAGAGACAUAUUUAGUAGGUUAAACUACUCUGAAAGAAAAAGUUUUGGUUCUAAGUCAAUAAUGAAGACGAGAUUUUUUUCUUCUCUGGUUGAUCUUUAAGGCUAUUAUGUAGCUUAUUUAGCUAACAGAGUUCAAAUGUUUGAUAUAGCAUGCUGAGUAUGGUAAUGUCAUAGUAAAUUGGGAAUUCCCCUGGCCUUUACUCUUUUUUAAGUAAUUACUCUUAAGAAAUACUAACAGAAAAAGUAAAUUAUAAUUUCAAAAAAUUUUUGGUCCUCAUAACUUAUAAGAUUUUUCUUACAAUUUUUCUAGUCAGGGGGGUAGAAAUCUAUGGAUUUUUUUUUUUUAACAAAAUAUCAAUAUUCUGUAGAUCAAUUUUUAAAAGACCACUAAGUACAGAAAUGUGCUUUAACAUCAGUUGAAACCUAAAGUUUUCUUAUUUUGUGUUUAUUGCAGAAUAAAAAGAAUAAGAGUGUCAAAUAAGCUUAAAUACACUGUAUUUUUAUGCAGAUAACACACGCCUUCUAUGUUUGUUUGCCAGCCAUGCCCCCCUGAGGUAAGCAUACCAUGCUAAUUUUUUUUUACAGCAAUGUGGAAAAAAAUUGGCUGGCGGCGCGCCUAUGGAAAUACCUUGCGGAGGGGUAGGGUGUGGUUGGUAAACAAACAUAGAAGGUGUGCGUUAUUUGCAUAACAAUGCAGUAUUCAUUUAUAUUAAAUAUUAAAAUUAGCACAAAUAGAAAAUUCUACCUUUGAAUGUAUAAUUUGUUAAAGAAAUAUGCCUUCACGUGGUAAUUUUUAUGUAUAAUUUCAUAUAUUGCUAAUAUUCAAAGCUACUUUUCACUUCAGAAUUUUUCUAUCUUAUGUUUGGGGGAAAAGGGGUGACAGGGCUGACUGAAUAGAAAAAGGCUAAUGGCCCAAACAUUAAAUAGAUUUCUUUUCUCAUUCAGAGGCCUUAAUUGAUAUUUUAUAAAUAAGUGACUUUUUAUUUUUAAACUUUUCUAUUGGCUUUUUAGAAAAUAUCCCUUAAUUUGAUGGCAGUUCAUUCAAAUAGUUUUUAUCCCAAGUGAGAAUUAAAGAAAAUAAGCUACACAGUUGAGAUUCAGUCUGAGGCAAUUCAUUGAGGCAGCUCUACUAUAAAACAUUACUUGAUAAUUAUUUUUGUAAACAAAUAAGUAGAGUUAAUUUAUUCUUGGUUUUCUUGCUUGGAUGUAAUUUUUAAGGUCUUGGUGUUUUAAAGACAUUUACUUUGUUAUGUAGCAACAGUUUUCCAUCCCAUACCUUUUGUUUUUGUUUUUCUUAAGCAGAAGCUUAAAUUUAUGUCUGGGAGUAUGUACUGCACAGGCAACUAUUUUAUCAAUAAAGAUGAGUGAUUAAAAUUUAGUACAGUCUACAAUUUGAAAACAAUGCUGAGUCUUACAGUUUAUUUUUAACGAUUUUGUCUCUUUACCACAAAACUAGUAUUCACAACAGCCUCUCUCCAUAUUUCUUAGUAAUUGGCCAGCAACUUAUUGCUGAUUUUUCUUAUCAUCAACUAUUAUUUUUUUAUUUUAUAUACAGAAAUACAAUUCUAAAAAUAUGCAGUCUCACAGAUAAAAUGCUUUCUUUUCAAAUUCACGUAUUCUUUAAUAUCAAGAUGACUUCCACAUUUUAUUUCUGAAUUGCUUCAAUGAUAAAUGGAAGAUCACAGAUCCAUAACUUAAUUUUUUGUGAUUACUACCCUUUUUGACUGUCAUAGUGAAACAAGUACAUUUUUUAGUGAAAUAUUGAUGAAGAAUAAUUUCAAAUUGGAAUGUGAGGGGGCAUUUUCCUCCUACCUCACUGGCUGCUCCUUCUCAGUCUCCUUUGCUCUUCUCUUUCACCUCUUAACAUUAGAGACCCACAGGGCUCAUUCCUGAUUCCUAUCCUAUCCUGUAUCUAUACUCACUUCCUUGGUGAUCUCACCUAAUCUCAUGAGUUUAAAUACUACCUGUAUGCUGCAUGACUCCCAAAUUUCCAGCUCCAGCACAGACCUCUCUCAUUAACUCCAAACUCAUCCCAGCUGUGGUCUCAACAUAGCCACUUAGAUGUCAAAGAGACAUCUCAAACUUAAGCUAUCCAAAGCUGACCUCCCAGUCUUACUGCCAACACCUCUCCAUACUCCCCCCAUCUCAGCUGAUGACAGCUCCAUCUUUCCAGUUGCUAAGUCUCUCCAUAAUGAGAAGGGAAGAGUUUACUCCUAUUUUCGUUUGGCUGCUCCUACUCAUCCUCCAGGCCUUGGCUUAAAUAUCAUUUCCUGAAGGCAUCUGAGGGAAAUAGACUUCAUGAGGCCGAACAUGAGUUCUCUCAUGUAGUUCACUACAGUUGGCUGAGUCAUUCUUACGUAAGCCCCUGGUUUGUAGCCACUGUUAUCCACCACCACUAUAAAACCUCUGCCCUCCCACUGCAGGGUGCAGAGAUCUGGUUUGGUCCUGCAGCCACCCAGGACUCACCUCGUCUGAAAUUCUCCCUAAUAAACUCCUUUGCUGCCACACUGGAAUUGCCCACCUCUUUCUUCGGUCUUUUGGCACCUUCCAUUUUGGGAGGCAAGUUUCACAUCACUGGUCUAUGCCCGGACACAUUCUUCCCCAGCAUCCGAGAUUCCACCCUCCCACCGUACCACUAUAAAUUUUCAUUGCAUGUUGUACCUCUUCUGUGUAACUGUUUUAGUGUCUCAUUACAGUGUAAGCCCUGAGAGCAAGAGCCAUGCCUAUAUUGUUCACCAUCUUCCUAGUGUCAGUGUCCAAAGCAGUAUCAGCACAUAGGAGCUCAAUAAAUACAUACUGAAUAAAUAAAUGGAAACCCUGGUGGCGCAGUGAUUAAGUAC